AUGGCUGAACCCAACUCGUACGAGGAGCAGCGCAGGAGGCAGGUGGAGGAGAACAAGCGGAAGCUGGAGGAGCUGCGCCUGCACCGCCUCUCCGCCGCCGUCCGCGACGCCGCCGUCAAGCCCAUGCCGAACAAGGAGCUGAAGCUGCGGUAUCUUCGCCCGCCGCCGGCCCCGACCCGGCGGUCCGGCCGCGUCGCCAGUCUCCCCAAGCAACCAGAUUACCGCGACAAGAAAUCCCCGAGGGGAUUACCACCUGAUCGUGUGUACGCGACCGACGAAGCUAGAGACGACGCCUUCACCAAGGCCAAAGAGCUCAAGAACCAGCUGUGCUCUGACCACCCCUCUUUCAUCAAGCCCAUGACCCGUAGUUAUGCCACGGGUUGCUUGCUGACCAUCCCGCGGCAAUUCAAGAAGACUUAUCUAUCAUGGUUUGAUGAGAUGAUCUUUCUGGUGGAUGAAGAGGAUGGGGAGUUUCCCGUGCGUUACCUUGCCAAACGUAAUGCCAUCGGCGCUGGGUGGGCCUUGUUCGCCAUCGCUCACAAGCUGGCUGAUGGUGAUUGCUUGGUGUUUCAGCUAGUUCAGAGGACAAAGUUCAAGAUGCAGGUCUACAUUAUUAGAGCAAGUUCCUACUACGAAAAGGACAAUUGUUGA